AUGGAGUCCUACCAAGUAAGCACAGAUGGAGGCUCAACUUCAUCUGGCAAAACUACCGAAGGGUCGACAGCUGACUCAGGGGAGAGUUAUCGUUGCCGUAUGUUAGUGGAAGAGCUCCUUGAGUCACCUGCCGCUCCUGUGGAAUCGCUUGUGGAGGGAGCCCAGCUUGAACAAGUUGCUGCACCUACACCGCAGAAUCCCUUGGCGGCUCUUGCUGUUUACGUCGAUGUUAAUUUUUCCUCCGCCCUCCAAAUGCUCCGAACAGCUGCAUCAGUCACAGUCGAAGAGGCAAAAGCCACUCUAUUCUCAGGCAGUAGCGGGAGGCUCAACAUUGCGAGGAGGCUGCAUGGGAGACUGGAAGAGCUAUGGACUCGACCCUAUAGGCAGCUCAAAAAUGUGAAUGUCGAUAAGGUCCGUCUACUGCUUGGCAGCUUAAAGCGCCAGGAUCACCGCUGCGGGCAGGACACUCCCACACUGCCGCCCACAGACCUCAGUGACGAGGCUGCAGCAGAUCGGUAUACGAAUACGGUGGACGCCAGUCUCUCAUGCGGGCUACCAGCCUAUUCGAUGGAUCGCUUCUUGUCAGACAGUGAAGUGCACUGUGCUGACGCUUUGCCGACGACGUGGCGCCCUUUCCGCAGAGAUGAUGGAACAAUCAUAGCACCUCCAGUGGAGCUACUGGCUGCUUUUGCGGACUCGAAAAGUGCGCAUAUGCCUUAUAGUAGAAACAAUCCCUCCACUUUUGAAGGUCAGGAGCUCUGGACAUCUGCACAAAGGACCCCUUUGAACAGCACCGUCGGGUGCGUCGUGGGUCUGUGCGUACGCAGUUUACUGGACCUGUACAUUCAGGCCAUUCGCUCACUGCAGCCUACGCUGUUGCCGCGGGGUUCUGUGGUUCUCGUCACAGCUGUUAACGUGCCGAUGAUGUUCAGGGUGUUAGAGGAGCACCACUUGGUAGUACAACCGCUUGAUCUCGACCCUCAUACGUUGAUGCCCAGCGAGCAAAUUUUACAGCAGGCAGUGCAAUGUUGGGGCUCUAGGGUUAAAGCAGUCCUCUGUUCUCACCUUUACGGAGGCGUCUGCGACUUACAACCUCUUGUGGACUUCAGCAUAAAACACAAGCUGCUUCUCAUAGAGGAUUGCGCUGAGUCAUUUGUCGGAGAGCUGUACAAAGGCCACCCUUGGGCGGAUGUCAGCCUUUUCUCCUUCGGGCUGAUCAAGACGUGUACUUCCGCUGGAGGAGGGAUUGCAACCGUGCGUUUCCAGCUGUGUUAUCCACGCCGGAGGCCGAAGCUGGGUAUAUAA